AACAUUAAUUAAAUAAUGGUCAUGCCGGAUGUAUUAAAUUCAAAUUGUUCAUCAUCAUCAUUAACAUCUAAUAAUCAAUCAUCAACAAUGAUUAAUCACCAUCAUCAUCAUCAUCCAAUGUCAUCAUUAUCAACGACCGAUGAAUAUAGUAGUCGAUAUUCAUCAUUACAAGAUAGUGAAUCAUUAAAAAGUGCCAUAUUAGAUUCAUUUCGAAUGCAUUGGAUACAGGCAUGGUCUAUUAUGGAAUGUAAAAUUCUUAAUGAUAUUACAAUCGAUGAUUUAUCAAGCAUUGUCAAUCAUAUUGAACAGAUGAUUUCGUUAUUAAUGGAAGAAAAUGUGAAUGAUGUACGUACAGCUGCUAGUAUGAGCGAUAUUAAAACUGAGCAUACAUCAUCAUCGACAACAUCGGAAAAUAGUAGCCAUCAUAGUUGUAGCCAUAAUGCGAAUAAUUCUAUGAUAAUUGAAUCAUCCAAUACCUCAUCACUAAGUCCAUUGAUGGAAUUUCUAUCAAAUGAAUCAAUUUUAGAGAAAAUAUUUCAAUGGUCAGAAAUGUCCGGUGAAUGGAAAAAUGCCAUGUAUCUGGAACAAUUAAAGCUCUAUGAAUUGUUAAUUAGUCAGUUGUGCCAAACCGAUAUUGUCCUAUUUAAGCCAUCAUUCUUUCAACCAUUGAUCUAUUUAUUAGAAUCAUUAUCAACAUUUUUAAUGACCAAUUAUACAAUGAUGAAUAAUUAUGUUGUUGAGAUUGAAAAACGUUUGGUCCUAUUGCUCAAUACAUUAUGCGUAAUAAUUAGCCAGAAUAAUCGUCUAUUAAAUGUAUUUAUUAUUAAUCAAAAAUAUUCUGCAAAAAUCAACAACCCAAAUACAAAAUUAUCUUCAUCGAAUGAUAUUUAUGAUGAUAUGAUAUUGAAUAGCAAUCAUCAUAAAACCGAUAAUACGCCACCGCCAAAACAACAAUCUAGUCUAGAUUCAUAUAAUCAAUCUACUACUCCAUACUGUGAUAAUGAACAAACGAACAAAAAUGAAGAAAAUGAUAAUCAAGAUGAUUGUGAAAAUUUUUCAUUUCCAUUAUUUUCAUUAUUGAUACAAUUCGUUCAUCGUGAUGGUCCAAUUGGACAACAAUCACGUGAUGCAAUAUUACUUUGUUUAGCCAUGUCAAGACAUGAUGAACGUUUAGCAUAUUUUGUUGCAAAUAAAACAGAUUUCUGUCCGAUAUUGGCCACCGGUUUAAGUGGACAUUUUUCAUCACUACCACGUGUAUUGAUUGCCGCUAAUAAUAAUGACAACAACAAUAAUAAUCAAUCAUUUUCUAUCAACAGCAAGAUUAAUACUGAACAAUAUCAAUCAUAUCAAUUCAAACAUGAACUGUUAACCAAUUCAAAAGAAAUUGAUCAUUUUUUAAAAUGUUUGGAUUUUUGCAAUGCUGUGGUACAAAUGUCUCAUCCAAUCAUACAAGUACAAUUGCUAAAAUAUACUUUUAAUGGUUUUUUAAUCUCCGUAAUUGGACCAGCAUUACAUCAGGAUGUGGCAAAUGUUUCUAUCAACGAUCUUGAAACAUUACCAUCAUAUUCGAACACUUUGGAUGAGAUUAUAACGACAACCGCCUAUCUGGAUCUAUUUAUUCGAACAACAAGUGAACCGAAAUUGAUACGAAUAUUUCUUGAAUUUCUUUGUUUUGAAGUUUAUGACAACAAUUUUAUUAUUUCAACAUUGAUCAAUCGUAUUACAGCUAAAUCAAAGUUAUCACUGGUAACAUUAAUAUUUUUCAAAACAUUAUUGGAUUUAAAUUGUGAAGAUCUACUUUAUGAACUAAUUUUCAAACAUCUAAUGCGUGGUCGACAUUUGAAAGAAGAAUCUCAUGUUGAAAACAAUAUGUCAUCAAAACAUUAUGCACAAAGUCAAUCAUAUCUAUCAUAUCAAAAAAAUUGGCUCGCCAUUUCUGCACAAAAAUUACUAUCAACUAGUAUAUCCUAUUACCUUAAUAGUCUAUGUCCACAUCAAAUGAAUAUUGAGGUUGAAUCAAUUUCGUCAAUCGAAUCAAAUUCAUCAAAAAAUUGUAAAUGUCAUUCUGAUUAUUUUCUUCAUUACAUCGAUUAUUUGAAUGAUGCCAGACAAAAUCUUGAACAAUGUCAUUUAGCAACAAAAACAUGGCGAAAUUCUUAUAAUGAACCAUGUCAUUUACUUAAUGAAGUUCAUGAUGAAAAUAUUAUAUUUUGUACGAUUGAUCGAAGCAAUCUAAACGGCAAUAAUAAUAAUAAUGUCAACGAUGAUAACAAUGAUCUUAAUCAUGAUGAUUGUGAUCAUAAACAACAACAUCAAUCAAUAAUGACGGCCAUGAUGGGUGACGAUAUUAUCGAUAUCAAUGAUAUUAUCACACAAAAUACAUUAUUAGCAAAGUUUUCACCCGGAUUUAAAAUGAAAAAUUGUUAUUAUGAUUUUAAAUUGAAAAAAAUUAACUAUAAAGUUGAAACAAAUAAGCCGUCAUUUUUUGGUAUGAUGAACAUCCUAUCAAACAAUAAUAAUGGUACUAAUAAUGAUUGGUCUGAACCAUCACCAAUCGGAUCAUUUUUAACCGUAUUAUUUAUGAAAUUUGAAAAAUUUUUUGAAAAUGAAGUCAUCACUAAUCUACAUUUGACUGGCCUCUUGACUAGACUUUGUCAUUUUCAUCAUAAAUUACUAUUAUCAUUAUUAUUUGAUGAAACAUUAUCUCGAACAAAAAAUGUACCAUGUUUUAUUCAUUUAGUACAAAAAUUAAGUAUUGAAGCUCAAAAUUAUUGUGAUGAAAUACCGGAUUUUGAGACAGUUUUUCAGGCAGCAAAGUCAAAUUUACAAUCAAUGCCAUUAGGAGAAGUUGAUUGCUCAUUAUUGGUCGGCAAUAAUAGUGGUGGUAGUACAAACCUUCGAUCAUCAUCAAACGCAUCCUCAUCGAACGAAACAAAUAAUACAGGAUCUCAACAUAAAGCGUUUGGGUUAUUAAAAAAUUUAUUUUUUCGCUCAACAAAUUCAUCAUCUUCAACAUCAACAACGUUGAAUCGUCGACCAAGUAAUGCAUCUAUUGUUUCAUCUACUGGGCAGAUGUUGGAAGUGGUUCCCGGUGGUAUCAGAUUCAUCAAUCAAACUUUAUUACAACAGCAACGAGAAAUUCGUGAACAACGUGAUCAAGCACAGAAUGUUAAUCGUUUCAAUCAACUUGUCUAUAAUCUAAUUGUAUUCGAUGAAUUUCUAAUGGAAUUAUCGGCCAUUCUUAUUGAACAUUCGUUGCGAUACAUUGAAAAUUGAUGGCAACAUAUCACCGAAUGAUAAUAAAUGAAAUACCUCACAAUAUAUGGAAUCAAUUGUUUUGAAAAAAAAUAAAAAUUUUCC